CGCCAUCCGCGAUGGAGCAAGUCCUGAAGAAGUUGGACGGUGUGGAGAAAGCUCUCCACCGCUCCCAUGCGGGGUCGUCCUCGCAAUCUGCUCCUCCCGUUGCUCCAGUCGCUCCUCUCGCCGCGCUCCUGCCCCAUAAUCCUGUGGGAUCCCCAGCGCGCUCAGUUCGUCCGCUGCCUGCGGGGACUGGCUUUGUUGGCGCGGGUGGCGGGGACCCGUGGGCCCAGUUCGCUCCGCCACGUCCCCUCCCUGCUCCUCGUGAUCUGGCAGUGUCGGCUCGCCGGUCUCGCGCGUCUGCAUUCCCCCCGCAGAUGAAGCCAGUGCCCACGGCGACCCUGGCGCACUUGUGGUCGUUGGCGGAGUGCCUGCAGAGUCUUGAACUGAUUCUCCAGGAGUCGCAUGGCUCCAUGUUGGAGACCCCGCCGAGCACGUUCUCUCAGAUGCCGCGAGCAAGGUGUCACGCGGCGGCGUCAGCAUUAUUCUCGUUCGUAUCGCCACUGCAGGUCGCGCCCUCGCCGGGAGUAGUCUCGGCCACCCUGCUGGCUGAGACGGCCCUGGGUCUGAGGACCCUUGUAGCAACUCGUGGAACUCCUGUUGACGUUGUGGUGACGUCCCUGGUGCCGGUCUUGGUGCGCCGUUACUACUUCCACCGCCAUCUCGCCUGCGCUGGCCUGCUCCAGACCCUGCCCUCCGCCUCCAACUACGGCCCCAAAGCCUCUGACACUGCAGCCUCCGCCUCUCAGGCAGCGCAGCAUGGUGCAGGGGGGGAAGGAGGAGGAGGAGGAGGAGAAGGAGGAGAUGGAGGAGGAGAAAACAUAUCAGGGAACAACGGAGCCUGGUCUGUAGGUGCUGGUGGGGGCGAAGGGCGUGGCGUCAGACGGGGGACGGAUGUGGAGGAGGGAUGGGUGACACGCGGUGGGUUGCGCCGGCGGGGUGGAGGCAGAGGGGCGGAGGCAGAGGGGGCUGUGGGGAUGAGCUCGAUGACUUGGGCCGGGGAAACGGCUAGGAUUGAAGGGCAGCGCCUCCAAUUGGCGCUUGAGGCGCUUAGAGCACAGCAGCAGCAACAGCAGCAGGAGGAGGAGCAGGAGGCGGCAGCUACAAGGCGCUCCUCCCUUGACCUGUUCACCUCAAGGCUUACUCGUGCUGCAUCUCUCAACCAGUCCGCGUUAAGAGCACACUCCCUACCACACGCCCCCGCGUUCUUGCCAUUCCUGGGGGGUCUGGAGCACAGGGCAAGGCAGAUGAGGAGCGGGAGGUUGAGCCGUGAAAGCAGUGUGACCGGCACAAGCCUUGGGGGGGAUCUGGAUUUCGCUGAUGCUGAUGGUUACGGGUUUGCUGAUGGUUAUGCGGAUGCAAUGGUGGAUGAAUGGCUGACGGCAGCACAGCCAAGUGAACUCAGAUUCCUCGAGCUCAGGGCCCUGGAGACGUUAAGCUGGCUGGUGCCAGCAUUCCUCGCCACAUUGCUGCUCACCGCCUUCCUCCUGCUGCUGCUCAUCGUCAGCCUCUCUGCCUCCGCCAAGGCAAAUCUGCAGGCCAACAGCAUCAACAGCGUCUUCUUCUGUGCAUUCCAUGCAAUGUCGACGUUUUCCAACACAGGGGCAGCACUACUGAACGAUAACCUAAUGGGGUUCGUGAGGGCGCCAGCUCUGAUCAUCGUCACGUCAGUGUUCAUUCUCAUUGGCAAUACCAUGUACCCACCCACGCUGCGAGCCCUUCUGCUUCUGCUCCGUCGCUUCUCACGAGGAGAGCAAAGGUUCGUCUACUCCUACCUUCUCGUGCACCCGCGCAAGUGCUACACGCACCUCUUCCCACCGCGCUCCACCGUGAUGCUCGUGCUAACAGUGCGCGCGUUCAAUCUCACGGAGUUUGUCUUCUUCUGUGCCACUGACUGGACCUCGCCUGCCCUUGACGGCUUUGCCAGUGGGACCAAGGUACUGGCAGGGUAUUUCCAGUCUGUGAGCACUCGCAACGCGGGGUUCAAUGUCAUUGUGAUCGCCCUCCUGCGCCCCCCAAUGCUGCUGCUCUACCUGGGCAUGAU